AUGGCUACUUCAAUUAAGCCAAUUGCUAUCAUCCUAGUUGUUCUGACAUUGAUUGUGGUGAGUUCAGAAGCUAGAAGUGUUCCUCAACUCUCAACAAUGGAGAAGAAGAUUGACAGUAAGUAUGGCUUACGUGAAGCAAUGAACUAUGUCAGAAAUGGCAAAUGGCAUGCAAAGAGGUCAAUGCUGGGUGGAAGGCUACGAUCAAAAGGUGGAGUAAAGGCCAUGGCUACUCCUACUUCAAUGAAGCCGAAACAGAUUGUUAUGCUGGUAAUUGUUGUGGCAUUCCUUGUAGUGAAUUCAGAGGCAAGAGUUUUCCCUGAGUUGUCCACAAUGGGAGAGAUUGUUGAUAGCGAAGUUGGGUUAGGUGAAUUGAUGAAGAAUGUUGGAAAGAGUGAGUGGCAUCAAAAGAGGUCAAUGCUGGGUGGAAGGGUAGAGAGAGCUUCACCUGCAGGGCCAGAUCCUCAACAUCAUUAG